AUUAUUCUCUGACAUCUAACUCUGAGAUCUUCAAGCUCUACAGAACAUCUACAGAUUCUUUCUGUCAUUGUGAAGAAACAUCUUGAAGAAUGAGAAGCCUGAUGUCUGUGCUGUUCCUGGUGAUCUUCUGCUCUGUGCAGAUGACAAGUGCUUCUGAAGCAGCUAAUACACCACCAGAGUGCUGUGUAGAGUUCUCUAACGUGAAAAUUCCUGUGAAACUGGUGGCAUCUUACUCCUGGACCAGCAGCAACUGUCCCAAACGUGCUAUUGUGUUUAAGACAAGUGCAGGGAAAAAGUUCUGUGUAGAUCCUAAGACCACCUGGGUGAGCCACCAUGUUAAUAAAGUGGACAAAAGAACAACAGUGGACAAAAGCCACACUGUUUCUAUUUGAACUGUGCAUUUCAUAUUGUAUAUUCAAACCUUGUACUAUUUCCAAUGUGUAUAUAAAAUAUUUUAUUUACAGAAUAAUUUAUGUGAUUGGAUUCAGUUGUUUUAAUAAAAUAUCAAUGAUAAAAUUA